AUGCUGAAAAGAAGUUUUCUUCAGGCUGAGCGUUGGGAGAGUUUAGGUAAACCUUUGAUUCAAGAUGAAACUGAUGGUCUAAGCCGGGCUAAAAGACCCAGAACUCUUCCCGACACUCGUAUAAUCCAGAGAUCUUCUGAAGUGCCUCCAGUUCAAAAAGCACUUAUCAUCGAUUCAUUUGAAAAUGAGAUGACUUUGAGGGAAGAUGUUGAUGUCCCUCUAGAGCUCGAUGAUUACGAUAUUUUGGUGAAAAACAGUUAUGUUGGUCUAAACCAUUUUGACUGGAAAACAAAGAAGUACAAGUUUUGCAUUUACAGUUUUCCAUGGAUCAAUGGUAGAGAAAGUAGCGGUGUAGUUGUAAAAUUGGGUAAAAAAGUUUCUACUAAGGAUUUCCCAUUGAAUUGUAAGGUUUUUCUGGCCAGCACCAGUUACCGCAACAUUCAGACAUCUACUUUUCAGGAGUAUACUGUAUUUGAUUCGAGACUUGUGUGGAAAGUCCCAUCCACGGUACCCGUUCUUGACGUCGAAGAACGCACAAAAUAUUCACCAGGUUUUGAUCUGUCUGCUUUCGCUGGCACAGGUGUCAGUUUAGUGACCGCGGGCUGUUCCUUAUCAUAUUUCUUGGAUUUCGAUAAUCUGACAUCAUUGAAUGGAAACAAGAAAUGUCUAGUAAUCUGGGGAGGAUCCACGUCGAUUGGUCAUUUUCUCAUUCAACUGGCCAAGUACUCCAAUGCCUUCGAAAAGAUUAUUGCCGUCGCAGGCCUGCAGAGCACCGCACAUCUCAAAACAUUGGGGGCAGAUGAAGUAAUAGAUAGAUUCGAAACUGAAGAUAACAUUAUCGAGAAGUUGCUUGAAACCUGUUCUAACAAAGUGGAGUACGCCAUUGAUUUAGCAUCCAAAGAUUCAGCCAAAAUUCUAAUGAAAGUCAUGCAAAAAAGUGUGCAGGCAAGUGAAAAAAAAAUAGUCUGCGUCUCUGGAACCCCUUCUGAUGAAGAUUCAUACGACGGCAUCGCCGUUGAAACAAUCAAUAUUAAGAAAUUUCACGAAAACAUUGAAUUUGGGAAAAGUUUUGUACGGUACACCUCGGAGCUCUUCGGAGAGAAAAAAUUAAAACUUCAAAGAAACAUCAAGUUAAUAGAUGACAAGGAUUCCUUCGAUGACAGGAUCAAAAGAGGUUUGAAGGACUUGGAAGAGCAAAAAUAUAAGGGUACGAAAAUUGUUGUUAAAAUAUAA